AUGCCAGUUGAAGUGGAACAAGAGAUCACUUCGGAUGAGUCAAGUGAUAAUCCAAAGGAUAAUCCAAAGGAUACGGUGAACAAUGAUGAUGUAUUCGGCACAAGUGCUACACAUACGGACUUGAUUCUCUCAUACAACGAUCAGUCUCCGUUCUCGAGCAUUGCUGUACCUGUCUUCAGCGAAAACGAUCUUCCUUCCAUCCACGACGUGCUGAGUCGAACAGCCACUCUGGACAACAUCUCAACGGUCGAAAAGUUUCAGGUACCACACACCGGCAGAAACGAAUCCUUUGCCAGAAAUGAUUCUCUUAGAAGGACUGAUUCGUUGUCUGAGAUCUUGCAUACAACGGGCGCUUGGCAUAACAGCCCUGGCUCAAAUCCUCGAGCAUCAGCCUCGCCGCAUAUUUUGAAGAAGAGUCCUCUGGACUCCAUCAACAACAUCUCGCCCUACAAUUCCACGACCUUUCCUCAAAGUCCCUCAUCAGCAUUGACACCAAAGUGGCCGGUGAGCAACGCAUACGAGGCCCGCCUCAUCCAUCACUACAUCAUCCACUGUACAGGCUGGAUAGAUGUAUGUGAUCCACGCUGCCAUUUCGCAAAAGAGGUACCCAAGCGUGCGGCGCAUUUCCCAGUCAUCUUGAAUGGCAUUCUUGGUCUAGCGGCUCGACAUCUAUGGUUGAUGGGUAAAGAGCCCGAAGACCAUUCGCAGCCAUAUGUUGACCAGUGUCUUAACGCACUCAUUUUAGCACUGGAAGAUCCUCUUGCACACUGGGAUGAGAACUUUCUCGUAGCUGUCAUUCUUCUACGACUGCACGAAGAGAUGGGAGACGUCGAUGAUCAAACCCAUCAUUUUGGAGCAGCGCGGAUACUGAACAGUAUAUCGUCUUUCGCCGCGGACGGCGGUCUGCGGGAGUCUGCGAGCUGGGUAUCGCUUCGUCAACAUAUCUAUGUUUCCCUUACCUCGCAGCAACCGCUCAAUCUGAGCCUCGAGAACUAUCGUCAUUCAGCAGUCUUCCGAGAGUUCGACGAUGAGGCUUGGGCGAACCGAGCCAUCUUCCUCUUCGCCACCGUCCUGCAGACCAUAUUUGAAGACAAUGGCGAGGCCAACACUAACAGCAUGACCAAGGAAAAGUGGACGGAGCUGCAUGCUGAGGUCGAUGAAUGGGAACGCACGAAACCCUGGUCGUUCAGUGCGCUUCAUAUCGAGCCUGACGCGGGAGUAAAGUUCAACGGCUCCUGGCCUCGGCUCCCAUGUCACCAGGGUGUGGUUGCUGUAGGCCUGCAGUAUUACCAUCUAUGCAAGAUCAUUCUCACAAUAUAUUCGCCAAAUGCGUCGCUGGUAGGGCUGGCGGGGGUGCGGGCGCGGAAGGCAACAGAUGCAUUGAUACGAAAACACAUACGGAUAACGAUUGGGUACGGAUAG